AUUCUAGACAGCCAUGGCUUCUUCUGUAACGGAAUCUAAAUGACGUUUCCUUUUCAUACCGAUCACAAAAAAAAAAAAAAGCUCUACAAGGUUACACAAAGAGACAUGGCCAACAGAGGACACUGCUGUGCUGUCUACCCGUCGGCUCGGUCUGUACUAUCACGGCUUAUAAUAGUGUCAGUGACUUUUCUUAGAUCUCGAACGGCAACGUCCACACGGCCGCUCUCUGUCGAUGCACACGUCCGAGUCAUCAGCAAUGUCUGAACUGUUCUACUUGAGCAGAGGCAGAGCUGCCUCGGAACGUCGCUGACGUCACAAAGGUGUCGACUGGCAACCGCCGAGGCUGAGGGAGAUGUGUCCUCUUCUGUGUCCGAGCCAGCUAUUUAACCGUCCGCUUCACUUUCAAGUUCAAAGAGGCUUUGUGGUGGCAGCAGCACUUUCACAGCCAGGCAGUGAAAAUAGGCUGUCAAUGAGACCUCAAGAAUGAGAGCAACGUGACACUCUGAAUUAGAGGACAGAGAAUAGUUACAAUAGACCUCAAUACACAUGGUAAAGGGAGACGUGCAUGCUGCUUGACAUGACUGCAGCCUUACUAUCAACUGCUGUGAUAGGGGACUCUGCUAACAGGGCUGGCCCCUGCUCACUUAGCCAUUCUUCGCUUCCCCUACUCAUCUGGGUGGAGAAGACCUGCCGGAUACAUGUUCAUGGAUGAAAGAAGACUUCACACUCGGAUGUUACAUUGGGCCAGCCAGAACUUUCUUUUUAUAAUGACAGUGCUCGCUUUCUUCGAGAGAGGCCUCUGCUGCCCCAAGGAAUGCACUUGUGAACAUCUCUUAGUGAACUGCACUGAUAGACACCUGGAAGAAUUUCCCAUGGGUAUCCCGAUGGACACCCGGCAGCUGAUCUUAACCAGUAACAAUCUCACCUUCCUCCCGUCCAUGGAUCUCAACCUCCUUAUUGACUUGGUGUACCUGGAUUGCAGCCACAAUAUUUUAGGAGACUCUUUGGAGGCCACUUUCAUUGCCGUGCCAUUGGUGUAUCUGGACCUGAGUCACAACAACAUUUCCAAGAUUACAACGGGCACUUUCUAUCUUUUGUCGAGUCUGGUUGUCCUUAAACUUUCGGAUAACCCCAACUUGGAGGAGAUCGAGAAGGAUGCCUUUGCCAACAACACGGGCCUCCGUCAACUGGAUCUCAGUCGAACGGCACUGACUUACUUAGAUGUCACCACAGUUAGUGAACUACCGAGUCUACGAACGCUAGGCCUCAGCUCCAACCCCUGGGAUUGCUACUGUCCAAUGAAAGACUUCCUUAAGUGGGUCGUAGAGAGUGAUAUUUACUUCACAGGUGAGCCAGAGAAAGAUGAGGAAAACAUGACAUGUACAACCCCUUUACAAAUUCAUGGGGAACCGCUGAAAGAGACAGAAAAACAUAUCAAUCUAAUGUGUUUCACCAACCUAUAUGAAAGAGACUACAUCUUCCUAAUGCUGGUGGGGUUUGUCAUCUUCGGCUCUGGCACAGUAGUUGCAUGGCUGACUGGUGUCUGUGUUGUAAUCUAUGACCGACUGUGCGGCUCAACCGAGGAUGAUGAAGAUGAAGAUGAAGAACCUCCUCCACCUCCAAAGCCCAAGAAAAAGGAUGAAGAGGCCUAAAUAUAAACCUCUAUGUGAGUGCAACCACCACCGUCUGCCUUCUAACAACUCUAAGAUGUGGAUUCAUGCAAAGGAAUAUCAAAUGACUGCUGUCUGUCAACUGAAUCUAUCUACAAUCUCUUUUUACUUAACUGGUCAAUAUAUCAAUCCAUUUCCUAAAACAUUGCAUAUCAUGGAACCACAACUGUGGUUAUUAGUUUAGAAUCAACAUCCAUUAUGUAGUCUUCCUGGGGAUCUAGGGUAGAAAAGGGGUUAAAAUUCAUCGUUCAUCCUUGGACAGAGAAUAGGUUAAGGCUUCACAUUUUGUAUCCAGUGGUUUACUACCUAGGUAAGCUUUAGUGUUGUGCUGGCUGUAACAGGAGGCUGAACUGGUUGUUCAGCUUCCUGUUGCCUCCCUGCAAUGAUCAUAAAGAUGGGUGGAGGGCGGGAUAGAGAGAACUAUGCAGCAACAAUUAAACAACCACAGGCUAUGUGAUUGAUCAGUAUUCCUCUAAAAGAGAGCUCAGGAGGUCUGCAGACUCCCUCUUAGCAAGGCAAGCUUGUAAUGUGUGCUGAUGUGCAGCUUAAAGGGUACUCCGCCCACAGACAUCUUAUCCCCUAACAUGGCGUCACGCCACUUCCCCAUGUGUGAUGACAGCCUAAAGGUGGCAUUAGAGACAUAUUUUUCUUGGUGUAAUUGCAGGGUGCCGAUAGGUUGCCAUCACGCCAGCUCCCAUAGACUUGAAUGGAGGGGGCGUGGCAUGACGUUACAUCUCCAGUAGUGAUGAGCGGCAGGGGCCAAAUUUGAAUUCGCGAUAUUUCGCUAAUAUAUGGCCGAAUAUUCGUCCUAUGUUCGCAAAAUUCACAUAUUCGCUAUGUUCGGGUUUUUUUUUCCCAUGCGAAAAUUUGUGAUGAAAAUCGCAUAAUGCGCAUGCGCAAUUAUAUCUUCCACCUAAAAGAAGGGAGGAAUCAGUAUCCAGUCUGGAAGUGCUGAUAUUCGCAUAAAUAUUUGCAUAAAUUCGCAUAAGAAUUUGCAUUUGAAAAAAAUAUAUCACUAUAUUCUAAAUAUUUGCGAAAUCGCAAAGUGCCAAUAUUCACGGUAAAAUUUUGCAUUUCGAAUAUUCGCGCUCAACACUGAUCUCCAGUCCCGGAAACCCAGCGUUUCUUAGACUGGAGCAGCACCCGGCACAGAAUGACGGGUGCUGCCCUGAGAUCGCGGGGGUCCCCCGCGGUCAGACAUCUUAUCCUUUGGAUAGGGGAUAAGAUGUCUAUGGCCGGAGUACCCCUUUAAAGAGAAACUGACAGGCAGUUCACCUGCACUGGGUUAUAGUGCGGAUGAACAGCAUUUAAAUGUGGAGUCAUUUACUUGUAUUCAUAUAGGGGGGUAUUUAUUAUGUAUUUUUUUGGCGGGUAUUUGGCGCAUAUGCGUUGCUUCUUUUUGUUUUUGCGACUUUGCUUGCGAUAAUUGGGGGCCGUCAUAAUUCAUGUUGAACCGAAAUGUAGGGCGGCAUAGCUACUUUUGCUACUAUUAUCUGCGACAAUCCUGGUUUGGCGCAAUUCGCCUCACUUUUCCCGCAACUUUGUUGCAUCUCGCUGCCAUGAAAUUACAUGUCCAGGAAAUCGGCUAAAGCGGCCCUGGCAUCUUAACCCUUCUUUGUGUUAAAAUGGCUAACCAUAAUGCGCUCCAGGUACCCCAUUAAUCAAGAUGCUAUGUUAGAGGUUGAAUACUACCUCAAAAACUAAAAAAACUAACAACUAAUUGCAUCCCACACAUACGUGAACUUAAUGUAUUUCAGGGCAAAAACAAGGCAAACAAGUCAGUGGUAAAAAAACAUUGAAAAAUACCUCUGAGACUAAAACUUCAAUCUCCUGUUCUGAGAAUUUUUAUUUUUUUUGUGAAACCUUCCACUUGCGAGUGGGUAGAUUACUCUCCUGAGAGGUAUUCUGUUGGGAAGGUCCCUCUCCAUCAGAGGAAAUGUCCCCAGACAUGGCUGAUUGCCUUUGAAGAGCAAAGAAGGUCCUUAGGGAAGAACAGCUAGAAGGCAAAGUAGUGAGUGACAGGCUUAAACAUAACAAACUUUACAUGUUGCAAACCAUCAAACUUCAUUAACAAAGUAAUUCCUACCGAAACACAUGAAAAAAAAACAGCAGAGAAAGUAUUUUUGAAGCGCGGGAGUUCUGGCGGCCGUUCCUGACUGGAAAACGCGGUCUAAUGUGCUUUUCGGGACUUGCGCCAAAGUUAUCAACGGACGUGUGAAAAAUGAUAAAUUUGGCGCACGUCCGUGAAAAACAACGCAAGGAAAAGAAGGGUAAAAUGUGACAAGGCACAGCAACUAUUGAUAAAUACCCCCAUAGUACUUCCAGUGUUAGGUGUCUUUAAUCUUCUAGCUGCAAUGCAAGAACAGUUGCAGUUCUUGUCUGUAUAGUUUUCAUUUAUGUUGCGCAUUAUGGGGGAGAUUUAUCAAAACCUGUCCAGAGGAAAAGUUGCUGAGUUGCCCAUAGCAACCAAUCAGAUCGCUUCUUUCAUUAUUGAAAAGGCCCCUGAAAAAUGAAAGAAGCAA